GAUAUCUCAACACCUCGGAUAUCUCGACAUUUCCCGAUUGUCCCGCCGAUGUGGAGAUAAGGAAGUUUACCUGUAAUAGUGUGUGGAGCACUUGCAGCUGCUACUUCAGUGAAGACCAAGAGAUAUUACUUUGGACUCCUGAAAAUCCACACGAGUCGUGUCAAUCUGAGCAUGCUCACUGCCUCCAAACUUUCAGCUGACUUGAAGGCUCUGAAGAGAGACAUGUCUCUACCACUUGUCAGAUUCGAAGACGCCAAAGUGGAUCUUGAUCCUUUCAUCAAAAGUCACCUGUUUGAAACCAUUGUCUUCCUUCAGAAAGAGAUAGGAGUCCACUACACUGAGGAGCUGAAGAGUCAGGCAGCCAAGAUCCUGGGUUCUGUGGACUUCCUUGGGAAUCCCCUGGGUCUGUUUAAUGAUGUCACAGAGGGAAUUUCAGGUCUGAUCAAUGAUGGCAAUGUGAGGGGUCUCCUGACGAACGUCACACAUGGAGUGUCCAACUCGGCUGCCAAGGUUGUAGGAUCACUAUCUGAUGGACUUGGGACACUGAACAUGGACAAAAAUUACCAGGACAGACGGGAGCAGUUGAGGACCGGUGCCCAGUCCAGCGGGGGGCAUAUACUGGCUGGAGUCAAAGGUUUUGGUAAUGGACUGUUUGGUGCUGUGACCAGUAUAUUCACUCAGCCCUAUGAUGGCUUCAAGGAAGAUGGUAUUGAGGGCCUUGUGACAGGGAUAGGGAAGGGAGUGAUUGGUACGGUGACUAAGCCUGUAGUCGGAGUACUCGACCUUGCCUCGGGUGCAGCUAACGCUAUCAGGGACACCAGCAGUAGCAGCUCUCGUAUCAGUCCCCCGCCCCUCCGACUCCCACGGUGCUGUCAUGGGGCAGGGAUGCUGCUGCCUCCUUAUUCUCAAAACGAUGCCAAGUCACAGAAACUACUGCAUGAUCUCAACAAGAGGAACCUGGAGGAAUUUUUCAUAGCUGUAGAACAGCUGAGGAGAGAAGACAGACUGAUGUCUCUGAUCACCUCUAAACAGGUGUACUUCUUACUGGGGGGUGAGGCUGACUCUGGGAACAUCAUUCUCAAGGUCCCCCACAAAGAGCUGUUCCAGUGUCUGGUGGUGGAAAUCAAGGGCAGAUAUUACCUGGAGCUUGUGAGGUCACAAACAUCAGCUUCUGAUCAACAGAGGGUCCCCCAGAUAAGAUGUGACAAACAGACCAUUGCUGAAAGGGUGAGUCAACAGAUCAACUACGCCCGUAAUUUGUAUGAAGAACAACAACACACACUGACGUCUACAGAGGCUGAAGAUACAUAGUGGAUAAAUAGAGCCAUCAGAAAGAAACAUGUUGUAUGUGAUUUAUAGAGCCAUCAGGAACAAACGUGUCAUAUUGGAUUUAUUUCAUCACAUGUGAAUUACUUCAUAACUUGGUGAUAGAAAGUUUGAAAAUGAUGCAUAAUGAUUUUUUUUCCCAUACACAUUUCUAGGAAUGUAUUUUGAUUAUACAUUCAUUUAUUGUAUUUGUAACUUGAUAUUAAAGAUAUGAUUGCAAGACUUAGUCUAAGAGAUUGUUAGAUAAUUAAAUAAAUGCAUUUAUCUGUCAGGAAAUGAAACAUUCAACAGCUGGUAAUGUUGUGCUUCAAUUCUGAUGAUAAACAAGUGUCCUGAAUGUAUUAAUUAAUCAGAUUUGAUUAUAAACACAUGAUAAGAUUUGCAUAUGUAUGAUUGUAAUUUUAUUGAAACUCUUUCUUUUUAAUAUAGAAAUGGAUCUAUAUGGUCAGAAUUUUUGUUUGUUAUUUGCCAUUUGUUGAUUAUUAA